AUGUCGGAAUUUCUUGGAUCCCGCAUCUCUUUGAUUUCAAAAAGUGAUAUUCGCUACGUCGGCACUCUGCACGAAAUCAACUCUGAAGAGUCCACAGUUUCGCUCGAAAAUGUGCGAUCGUUCGGUACAGAGGGACGCAAAGGUAGACCUGAGGACGAGAUCUCUCCGUCUGACCAGGUAUAUGAAUAUAUUGUAUUCCGCGGCAGUGAUGUAAAGGACCUCCGCAUCGAGGAGCACCCUAGCAUCAAAGAAAACAAGCCUCCCGCAAUCCCCGACGACCCUGCUAUCCUAGGUGCUCGCCCUCGCGGCGUACAGGGCGGCAGUCAUCAUGCACCCCCGCCAGGACCUCCUCAAGGACCUCAGGGACAACAAUAUCCUCCAAACCCGAACUUCCAGGGUGGUCCUCCUGGCCAAUGGGGUCGUGGUGGCCCUGGUCCCAUGCCUGGUCCUGGCUUUGGCAACAUGCCAUACUCUUAUCCUCCUCCUCCGGGUUGGUUCCCUGGCCAAAGCUUCCCUCCUGGCGGACCUGGUGCUCCCGGUCCUUGGCAAAACCAGCCUUUUCCCCCGGGUGCUCCCCCAGGCGGCCCUGGACCUCAAGGUCCACCCCAGGCCGGAAAGCCUGAGUCGAAGCCUGCUGAGGUCCCUGCUGGUCAAGAAGCGAAGCCUGCCCCUACACCUCCUGUCGAAUCCAAGCCAUCCACUGCUGCCGUCAAAGCCGCCGCCUCAAAUCUCGGUGCCAACGGAGCCUCUGGUCCUAACCAAAGAAGUAACAAGGUCAACCCUGUCAUCCCUUUGACCGGAGCCAGCGCCAAACCAUUUUCUCUGCCCAAUGCUGAACAGCGUGUGGCUCAGCCUGCGUCUGCCCCGACUGCGGCGCCGAGCAGCGUUCAAGAUGCCACUAGCGCAGCUCGAGCUGCUGUUGCCGUCGCCAUGUCUCAACUUGGCAAUGGCGGUGGCAAUGCCAUGGACAAUUUGACAAACAAAGUCAACGAGAUGAAGUUCAAUGCCGGACGUCCACCCACUACCCCUCGCGGUCGAGGCCGUGGUGGCAGGGUCCAUGCUGCGGUAGUCAAGGUCGAAGUCCCGGAUUCGGACUUUGACUUUGCCGAAGCAAACAAGAAGUUCAACAAGGACGAAAUCAAGCAGCCCGGCGAAGAAGUUGAAGGCGCCGAGGUUGAGGAAGUCGAGGCCAGUGAUUCUCCCACGGCCAAUGUAUACAACAAGUCCACCUCAUUUUUUGACAACAUCUCGAGCGAGGCCAAGGAUAGAGCCGCCAACAACGGCCAGAAGCCCGGAGGUCGCGAAUGGCGUGGCGAGGAGCAGCGCAAAAAUAUGGAGACCUUUGGGCAAGGCAGUGUUGAUGGAGGAUACCGCAACUACCGCGGUCGUGGUCGUGGACGUGGUGGCAGAGGCCGUGGUGGCCGUAGUCGUGGCGGCCGACCUCAGCACCAGGCUGGUGGUGGCGACCUAUAG